UCUAAUGGGAAACGAAGGAACCUCAGAAACCUCAGAAGAUGGACGUCUUGGUCUUCAUCAUCUCCGCUUCAUCGCUGCUUCUGUUUAAACCCAAACACACCGAGGAGACGUUUCUGACUCUCGGGGUGUUCCAGAGUCUAUCACCUGUCCGGGAAACUGACACUCCUGAGCUAGCAAACAGCAAACGUGUGACACGUGAACACCACGCUGGAAAGGAUCACAUCUUACACUGCGGAACACAAUGCAUAAACUGUAGAGAAGUAUUGGCACCCGCUCAAAUCUGUCCAAUAGUGUGAACAGACCACCGCAGGUAUGUUUGGGGGUUUAAACACCUCGGCGUCGCUGCUCAGGUGAGGUAUUUAGCGAGAAAGAAUAUCUUGAAUAAAGGCUAAUUUAAUGAGCGUUUCUUUAAUCGUUAUCAGAUUGUUUUUAAGCACGAUGUAAAACCUAUUUCUAGAUAUUUAAAGAAAUAAUAAUUUACAUGGAUUCAAGUUUGUUUAUAGAAAGAAACACGAUGAUCGGCCGGUAAAAUGAGACCGUUGUAAGCUUGAAACGAGUAAAUAUGUCCAGAAACAGGCUUAAUAAUAAUCUCAUAUUUGUUUAAAAACAUCAAAUAAAAAGAAAUAAUCAUUGAAUUUGCAGAUAUUCGAGAUAUCUUCCCAUGCCAAGGUCAUCUUUUUACAACGAAAAUCUUCAACAGAAAGAUUUAAGAGCUUCGUCAUGAGCAAGCGCUCGCUGCACGUUCUAUUGGAGUAGAAAAUCAAAUACAAACAAUACGUUAAAAAUCAUGUUAAAAAUACAUUUAAAACAAAUGUGUCAGAUGAACACACUGUACUGGGAAAAAGAUGAGCUUCAGUCAUUAACUGAACAGACAGACGGUGUGUAGUACAGUCACGUCUGCUCCGUGGGGUGUGUGCUGUUCCCUUUCCAAUGGUGGAUGUCCAGGAUGUCCGGUGUGGCUGCGGGUUUUCUUUCCAAACGAUCAGAAACUGCGCUUGAUGACCCACAGGUUCUCAUCCCUGGUCUUGUAGAACCUCCUGUCCUGUACAUUUUGGUGUUUUCAGAUCAAUUAGCUGAAUCAGGUGUGUUGAAGCAGACACGCCCAAUGUGCAGGACAGGAGGUUCUCCAGGUCCGGGGUUGGGAACAUGAGGACCAACUUGAAGUGUGGCUUCUGAUUGGUUAGACUGAAACCCUGCGACGAUACCGAACUAAGGAUGGAAUAGAGGGGUGCCAAUACUUUACAGCACGAUGGAGGGACUACAGUCAGUAAUUGUCCACUUACAAAGCGGCCUUAUAUGAAAGUGGAGCUGUGUAACGCAGCUUCCGGGACGUAGAGAACGUCUUGCGUGAUGUUAGAUAGGUAACGAGAAGCGAGUGUGAAACGCUGAUCAGCGUCAACAGCUCUGAAGAAACACUUCUGCUCCGGUCUUUUACCAGAUCAUCAUCAUCGGGUCUGAAAGUGGGGUUUGUGAUUCUUUUUUUUCUUUUCUUUUUUUAAGUAAAAAAAAAACUGCUACAGUGGUAGAACAACCAAUCACAACCAACCAUUAAUAAAAGUUAUUAUAUUUAU